CAUGCUGGUGGUUGCCAGAGCCUUAACCAAUCAGUGGCGUGAAUGUUUCAUAUGCAAAUACUCUAGUGAACAGAAGGUCAUCAGUGCCUCAUGCAGCUUGCAGAAAUUCAUAUGAAGAAAGGGAGACAACGAGGGCUGCUGCUGCACAACACUGAGAUGACACAAAAACAUUGUCAGACAGGCUGCAAACGCUUCCCUGUGCCUUCACAGAGCGAUAACGAUGAGCCGCUCAGGAAUCUGCGAGCCGACAGUCGAUGAAAAAACCCCCCCCCCUUUGGAUGGAGGUAUAAUUUAUUUUUAAAUGGUUGUAUUUAUUUAAUAAUGACUUCUUGGGUGCGAUGCAUGUUCCCAAUCCCUGUGCUAAGCGUGACGCUCCUGUUGUUAUACUAUAACAGUAAGCUGUUGAAUUGGAGAGCUUUUCACUGGUAUAAUGCUACUGAAGAAAGGAUCCUUCUGCUGGAAGCUUGCGAUGCCUUUUUUAAUGGGAGGAAAUCUUCCUUGGAACCUGCACUGGCUAGCCUGCAUCACAGUUCUGACUGUCAAGAAUAUUUAAGACAGAAUCAUUACAUCACAGCCCCCCUCUCGGAUGAAGAGGCAGAUUUUCCUUUAGCUUAUAUGAUGACCGUACAUAAGGAAUUCGACACAUUCGAGAGACUGUUCAGAGCCAUCUAUAUGCCUCAGAACGUAUACUGCAUCCAUGUGGAUGAGAAGGCAAGUGUGGAUUACUUGCAGGCGGUAAGUGAUUUAGUGGAUUGUUUCCCUAAUGCUUUUCUCCCCUCGAAAAUGGAGCCGGUGGUGUAUGCCGGGAUAUCGAGACUCCAGGCGGAUCUGAACUGCAUGAAAGAUCUGAUGAACUCGGAGAUACAAUGGAAAUAUGUGAUCAAUAUGUGUGGGCAGGAUUUCCCUUUAAAGACAAAUAAGGAGAUCGUAGAGCAUUUGAAAACAUUUAAAGGGAAAAAUAUCACGCCUGGGGUGCUGCCCCCUCGUCACGCCAUCCCCCGGACUAAAUACGUCCACCGUGAGGAUAUUGUACACUCCUUUGUAAUAAGGACUGAAACCUUGAAGCCCCCUCCUCCGCACAAUAUCACCAUUUACUUUGGCACUGCAUAUGUUGCACUGACAAGGGAGUUUACUAAGUUCAUCCUGGAAGAUCAGAAAUCUAAAGAUCUACUGACAUGGUCUAAAGACACUUUCAGCCCUGACGAGCACUACUGGGUGACUCUGAAUAGAAUUGCAGAUGUACCGGGAUCGAUGCCAGAUGGGCAAUGGGAAGGUGACCUCAGAGCAAUUAAGUGGAGAGACAUGAACGACCACGGCGGUUGUCAUGGCCAUUACAUUCGGGAUAUCUGUAUCUAUGGAACAGGGGACUUGCAGUGGUUAAUUAAUGCCAAUAGUAUUUUUGCCAACAAGUUUGAACUGAAAUCUUAUCCUCCGACACUGGAAUGCCUAGAAAUGAAGCUACGAGAGCGAGCUCUAAAUCAGAGUGAGGUCACCGUGCAGCCCGACUGGUACUUCUAAGCAGUACAGUGUGCUGGAAAAAAAACAACCCUGGAGAAUUGAUACAAGUGCUUUAAUAUGGAUAAGACACAGACAGUAAACAGCUAUCUCUUAACCACUGUCCUAAAAAGGCAAUUUAAAGCCAAGAAGCAGACACCGUCAAGCAGCUUCAUCCUUUUAACUAUUAGUGAAACCUUUAUUAUUCACAGUGCUUGUACCGUUAUCAUUUCUACUGGUGUUAAGAAGCUUUGAGCAUAUCAUACUGC